AUGUCUAAAAACAUGAUCAUUGGUUCAACUCAUUCCUUUCUCUCUCUGAAGGGAGAAUCUUUACAGACUCUCUACGAACAUUACAAAAUACGAUGCGGCUAUCAUCCAGAUCUGUCCAAUGUCCCUCUCGUAGUUCUCAACUAUGACAAUGUUCUAUCUCCGAAAGAGGAACCAUUAGUGAGUGAGUGUCGAGGCUUAGUUCUCGAAUUGGAUACUUGGAAAGUGGUUGCGAGAGGAAUGACUCGAUUUUUCAAUCAAAAGAACCAAUCAAAAGAAAAUAAUAAUCAUUCACAACCACAGAUCAAGUCAGCAUCAUUAUUUUCUUCUUCUUCUUCGGAUAAUGUUCAAUCACAUUCAUCAUCGAAGGACAAUGACAAGGAUCAGACCAUACCAAAAGAAGAAGAAGAAAAAUUAGGAACUCUCUCUGUGACAGGAUUUAAUUAUUCAAAUUAUUCAUUGGAAGUGAAAGAAGAUGGAACGUAUAUUCAAUUAUUUAACUAUAAGGGAGAAUGGAUGUUGGCUACACGACACAAUUUUUGUGAGGAUUUUUGUGAAGGAACAAGUGACACAAAUAGGAUGACCUAUCGAGAUUUAUUUAUUUCAACAUGUGGAGGUUUGGAUUUGAAUGAUGUUUGUAAAGAUUUAGACACUUCCUACACGUAUUGUAUCGAGCUUUGUUCACCAUUCAAUCAAGUCAUUCAGUUUUACGAUCAACCAGUUCUUUAUUUAUUGACUGUUGUCAAUACUCAAACAGGAAGUGAGCUUUCCAUCGAUCAAGUGGAUGCCAUUUGUUUAAAAUUAAGAAAACGAAAAGAGUUAAAAAAUUGGAAACGUCCACGAAGAUUUUCCAACUUUUCAAAUCAAGAACAAGCAUUUGAAUUCAUGAAUAAUUAUUUGAUGAAUCGAACAGAACCACAAGAAGGUCAACAGAACCAAAUGAGUGUGGAACAACGAAUGAGAGUGGAGGGCUUUGUCAUGAGAGAUCAAAACAAUGAGAGACUCAAACUCAAAAACCCAUAUUAUUUAAUGCUUCACAAAAUGAAGUAUCGAGGUUGGAUUCAAGCAGAACCCAAAUUGUUGGUUCCAUUUGUGUUGUUUUUUGAAGAUUACAAAUUUCGAAGUGAGAACAUGAAGGAUCAUGCAACGAGUAAGAAUGGAUGUGAAUUGUUGUCAUGUUCGUCGUCGAGUGGUUCCAAGAUUGAGAGUCUCUCCAAUCAUUCUAACACGAGUUUUAUCAAAAUUAUGAAAAAUUUCUAUGAAUGUGAUUUUGAAAUGGAACAAUUACAAAAACGAUACCAUUAUUGUGUCACAGUUUUGAAUAAGGAAUUUAAACAAUUGGUAAGCGUGUGGAAGGAAAUUAUUUCUGAAUAUGAGGAUAUUGAUGUUGAAACGCCAAACAACAUUCUUGAACAAACUCCACAAUCUCUCAAAAGUCGAACGAAAUUAUUUCCCUUUAUUGAACUCUUGUUAUCAUCGAGGAGUGACUGCCAAUCACAUGAACGAGACACCUUGUCCAUUCAUGCACUCGAACAAGUGAUGAAAAAUAAUGGUGAGAUGGUCCUUUCACAACUCUUCUCUUCACAGCAGCAACUAUCAGCAUUUCGCUCUGCAGUAUUGGAUUACCACAAAUCGCAUGCCCCUCAUUAUUGCAUACCAAAUAAGAAAUUUAAAAUUCUCAAUACUGGACUCGCUCAGAAAAAACCUCAUCUUGACAAGAAGACCAAUCAAUACAAAGUUCAAUGCUUUUGUGGCAAACCCAUGAUUUUGAAAAGACUUAAAAGAGAUUUUGUGCAAUACCGAUGGUGUCAUUGUGGUGCUGCGUUUGAUGUCAUGACUUACAAGGUUGGAACUUUAUUGUGGAUGUGUUCUUCGUAUCCACAGUGUCUCUUGAAUCAUAUGGCACAUCAAAUGGAUGAAAUGUUUUCCGAUGAACAGAUCCAAUAUGUGAAAGGGCAACCAUUAGGAAUUCCAUGCAGUGAAUUGUGUAAAAUUUUGAGAUUGCAAAUUCAUGAAAUUAUGGCCAUCUUGAUGAAAAAGAAUAAUUGGAGAAAGAGUCAAUGCUACUCAUUGAUGGCUUCUUGGUUAAAUGUCGAAAAGAGUCAGGCACAUGUGGCAUUAUUUUCAAUUGAAACAUGUUUGUUCGUCAUUCAGAAAUUUUUCGAUAAUUAUUCUGGAAUUUACUGA